CCUACAUCUGUGGUGAUGUUGUGAAGAGAUGUAAGAUUAUGACUGCAAGAUGUUGACAGGCACGGACAUAAGGCCUUGGCGACGACCACCCUGACAUACGGAGCUAACCCUUCGUCUUUUCUUUGCCAGCAUUGGUGCGUAGUCCUUACUCUCCUCCCGCCGUUUCCCUACAUUUUUCCUAGGUCAUCGCCGCCAACGCUCGUCCCAGCAUGUCCAGCCCUCUACCCCAAGAAAUCGUUGAUCAGAUAACGGACGAGCUGCAAGAAGAUUUUACGACACUGAAGGCCUGCGCCCUCGUUUCCCGCUCAUGGAAGGAUUCCAGCCAGCGACACAUCUUCUCUGACAUAUUCUUCGAAACGCCUCCAGAACCGUUGCCAUUGGAAAUGAGCCCAUGCCACAUCUUUCAUCGCCUUUUAACCACCUCUCCUCACCUCGGACGUCAUGUACGGCAUCUCGAAAUUUGCGAUGAGGGCCGUACCUCCGACUCGACACGCAGAUGGAUUCUCGCCUCAGUCGAAACCCUUAUGUCCGUCAUUUCCUUGCUGAAAUGCCUCAGCAGCGUCGAUAUCUCGUUUAGCGGUCUGUGGUGGGAGGAUGUUCUUUCACUCAAGAAUGUCCUCGUUGCCAUAUUCCAGCUCGAGUCCCUCAGGAGCGUCGCGUUGGAAGAUUUCCAGGUUCGGCUGAACGAGUUGUUCAGUCUGCUCCAGUCCCGUUCGAUCCGCGAUUUAUCGAUUUCCGCCAUCGAGGUCCUGCCAGAUCUCUCCCCUCCCUUGCAGAGGUCCGUGAUGCCGCUGCAUGAACUGUCGCUGUCACUCCAGCACAUGCAGCAUGCUCAGGACUUCAUGGAAUGGCUCAUAUCCCCCACCUCUGUCGUCAAUCUUAGCGUCUCAAAAAAACUGAGCCUCUUCGUGGCAAACUCCGACGAAGCCAAAGCUGCGCAGGUGCUGUUAGAGAGUCCCAUACUCCGGAGCCCGGAUAUACUGGAGAUUCAGACUCUAAAUUGCAGCGUACACAUGCAUCGGCGUGAAGAAUGUCUUCCUCCUCACUUUAGUCGCUUCCGGCACGUACAGCUCAGGCUUGUAGAAGCAUUGACUUGUGAAUACUGCGGAAAUUCCCUUCUAGAGAUCGUACUGUGGUGGACACGAUCCUUCGAAGCUAUCGAAGACAAUAAUAUUGAGGAAAUCUCGCUUACGCUCACAAAGAGGUCCGCUUCGCGCUUUCACCAUGUUCCCAAUUAUGUAUGGCAUGCCCUGGACGCAGCUCUGUGCCGACCAAGGAUGUCCUCCUUGAGAAACGUACAUCUAGGAGUGGAAGAUCUCGAGAUUGACAAAGCGUUGCUUUUGAGGUUGCUGCAGGCAUUUCCUCUUCUUUAUCAUCGGGGCCUACUGCGAGUCUAAGGCUCCCUCCAUAUACCGUACUUUCGUGAUAAUUUCUGUGCUUGCUUUCAGUAUUUAUGCUUUUAUAUAACCAUCCCGACUCGGCUGCUCCUGUUAUACAUACCCAAGCAGCAGUUGAACGCAUAUUUCUACGAAUCUACUUAUUAUUACACCCAAUGACAGCUUUCGGUCCG